AUGCUUCAAAUUGAUGGAGGCUUGAGUGUUCUCCACCUUUGGCUGACUUGGCUCAAUAGGAUAUGGCUAAAUGAUGACAAAUAUGUGAUGAUAGUGUUGAAGGGUUCUGUACCCAUGUCAUUUGGUGGAACUGAGCAGCCAACAGCGUAUGGUGAGUUGGUGUCCAUUGGGGGCCUCAACCCUGAUACAAACAAGAAGCUGAGUGCUGCUAUUGCCAGCAUACUUGAGACCAAGUUGUCCGUGCCUAAGUCACGGUUCUUCCUGAAAUUUUAUGACACUAAGGCAAGCCAUCUCAUGUCUCUGAGUCAUCUUUAA